UGUGGCGAAUAUCAGCGAACAAUAAAGCUGGUAGCAUUAUCCGAUGAAGCGGCUCUGGACGAAGAUGUUGUUGCUGAGCAACAUAGGGUGGAUACAAUUACCUCUGAGCCGAGCGAUCAGUACAGGCUUGUUGUCGCUAAAAUAUCAAAGUCCUAUGAUGGACGGGCACUGGCAGUACGGAACGUUUCGUUCGCAGUUAAAAGUGGCGAGUGUUUUGGGCUGCUGGGAGUGAACGGAGCCGGGAAGACGACGAUGUUCCGGAUGUUGACCGGGCAGGUGCAGAUUGGCGCUGGCGACGCACUGAUCAAUGAAAAAAGCAUGCGUAACAACAGCUACAGUAGUAUGAGCAGUUCCGGCUACUGUCCACAGUUCGACGCGCUAUCUCCGAAUCUUACAGCCCGCGAGCAUCUCCGCUACUACUCGCUUUUGCGUGGUGUCCCGAAAGAAAGCGUCGAUACGGUGGUGAAUUGGGCGUUGAAUGAGUUGCAGUUAAAUGCUUAUGCGGAUGAGAUAUGCUCGAGCUAUUCUGGUGGUAAUAAGCGUAAACUAUCAGUGGCCAUUGCACUAGUCGCUGAUCCACCGCUGUUGUUACUUGAUGAGCCGAGUGCCGGAAUGGAUCCGUCAACGCAGCGUUUUAUGUGGAACGUGCUGCUGCAGCUGCGUAAGAGCAAGCGUGCAAUUGUGAUAACAUCGCAUAGCAUGGAGGAAUGCGAGGUGCUGUGCAGUCGGAUCGCUAUCAUGAGUCGUGGUCAGCUCAGGUGUAUUGGGCCCAUCCAACAUCUCAAGCACAGGUUUGGCGAAGGCUACACACUAACAAUUCGAUUAUGUAAAGCAGAAAACAUAAGCAAAGUUCAGAAGUAUAUGGCAGAACUUGUUCCGGCAGCCCAAUUGGAAGCAGUGCAUUGCUUAACUAUGUUUUAUCAAAUUCCAAACGCUUCUUGCACAAUUGCCAGUGUCUAUGAUGCCAUCUGCAAGAUGCAACAACUUGUUGAAAUCGACGAUUAUUCGUUGUCGCAGACCACUCUCGACGACAUGUUUGUCUCGUUCGUUCGACUUACUUCCUCCGAUGAAGCCGAUGAAGAUAGUAGAUCAUGA